AUGCAGGUGACCAAAAGCCUUGCUGAGCUGUGCGCUCUUCUCGUCGACGAUGUCUAUGGCGAACUGCCAUCCCGCAUCUUUGCAGCCCUCAUGAACAAGGGCCGAUCAUCCAUUCCACAGCUGAUCCAGUACACCUCGCUCACCACACGGCAACUUCGCCAUGGACUCGUUGUACUCGUGCAGAACAACCUCUUAUAUUGGAAAAUCGAAUCCGGCCACGCCAUUUACGCGCCGAACGUCGACGCUGCCUAUAAUAUUGUUCGCAUCGGCAAGAUACUGGACAUGAUCGGUGCGGUAUACGGCGAAGAAGAGAAGGAAGUCGCUCAGAACUUGCUGAGUAUGGGUCACGCCAAGGUCGAAGAUCUCAGGGACGCCUACCAAGCCAAGUUCAAGCAAGCGACCCGGCACGCGACGGCCGUGAACGGAGAUGCGACUCACGACGACGACGAGGUGGACGACUCUGGCGAAGUCAUGAAGGAUAGCAAAACUGGGCUGUACGUCAAAUCGCUGGAGCAGCUCGACGAUGUCCUUUGCCGGCUGAUUCAGGCCGAGCUGGUCGGCACGGUCACCGAAGAAUCUUUCAGGAGCUUGGAAGACAGGUACAAAGCCCUCGAAGACGAGAUCAUCAAGACCUUCUUCGCCGGAGGCGUCCGUGUGCGAGACGAGCCGCUCAGCCUCAAGGGCCAACUUCAAUCCAAACUUUCCGUGAGCAAGCGGAGAAAGCUCUCAGGCUGGAGCUACACAAACGGCGGUGGUGCCUCCGAAAGCGACUUGAUCAUCGAUGGGGAUAUUGCCCUGCGUGUCAACUACGAGAAGUGCGCCGUAGAGCUCCGCAACCAACAGCUCGUCCACGUCGUUUCUGAGGUCUAUGGAGAAACUACCGCCGAGGUCUAUGCGAGUCUUCUGCAGCAACUCAGCAAAAAGAUAUCCAGAUGCCGAGCGGACCCAGACAUCGACAUUGACGAUGAUGAAGAGUAUCCGCAUGGCCGUCGAGUCUCUACGAAUGAGGUCUACGACAAUUUGAGCCCAUCGCUUGAUGUUUCCGCUGGCAUUGGCAAGGUGGGCGCCAAGGCAACCGACCGCAAGAGUGCAAACCAGAUUCAGGAACACCCGCCUGACAUGAAGAAACCUCCUGUCGACGAGGCCGAGGUUGAAGGCGAGGCAAGUUCUGAUGAAGACGACAUGGAGGUAGAAGAGCCUGAAAGCCAUACUGUCGAGGAUGCCGAUGAAGGUGUGGACGUCAAGCCGUUCACUAACGGUGCGAAUGGGACAAAGGAGACCAAAGUCAAGUUCAAUGACAACGGGCCAGCGAAGCUUUCUCGGAAGGAGCACUUCCGCCAACACCUUUUGCUGUUAUGUGAAAGCCAGCAAAAAUUCCUCCGUCACUGCGCCAUGGAGCAGUGGACCGUCGAUUUCGAGCCGCUUAUGCGAGCAUUGCAGCAGAUUGAGCUAGACACCGUGAUUGAGCGCAGCGUCGGCCAGAGCGGGCUUCGACUAGUGCGCAUACUCCGACGCGUUGGCAAGAUGGACGAGAAGACACUGCCGAGCUUGGCCCUCAUGUCCAAGGGGGAGGUCCAGAAACUGAUGCUCAAAAUGCAGAUGUUUGGAUAUGUGGACAUGCAGGAAGUUCCCCGAGACAACAACCGGUCCGCCAGCCGCACCCUAUUCUUGUACUGGACGGACACGGGCCGCGGCCUCGACCGCCUUCUCGACAAUACCUACAAGGCGAUGCUUCGGUGUCUGCAGCGGCUCGAGGUCCAACGAGAGAUGGAGCGAGAGGUUCUCGACACGGUCAAACGGGACGACGUCCGUGGUCGGGAGAAGGAGCUGCUGGAGGGCCGGUUCUACAACCGGUUCGUCCGCAUCUCGGAGAUACAGGAGAAACUCCUGGCUCAGGUUGCGAGACUGGAUAGCCUUGUUGGCACCCUGCGGGAUUUCUAA